AUGGUCCUGAUGAGGGGAAAUUUGCAUAAUGGCUUGUAUCGUCUAGAAUGUGAGGCCUUGAAAGGAUGGGAACAGUGCACAGGGGAUGGUAGCUACCAAAGUGAGAUUUCAUUUGCUGAGGAGGUGAUGAAAGUUUCCCAUGGUGUAGACGAUGGUGAAAGGAUGAAAAAUCUUGCCAGUAGUGAAUUGGAAGGGUUGUCGAGGUCCCUUUCCGAAGUUUUCAGUUGCUUUGGUCAACACUUUUGCCUGCACUUCGAAGCAUUCCAGCUUGGGAUGGCUUCUGUUUAUAUAGCAUUCUUGCGGUUUAGGGGUGACGAUGAUGAGGCAAAGAACUAUAGCUACAGUCUCGAGGUAGGUGGGAAUGGGAGGAAGAUGACUUGGCAAGGGGUGCCCAGGAGCAUAAGGGACAAUCACAGGAAGGUUCGUGACAGUUUGAUGGUCUCAUCAUCCAACGUAACAUGGCUUUGUUCUUCUCAGGGGGAGACCGGAAAGAAUUGA